GUGCUCUACUUUUUGGGCUGGGGACAUUAACCCAGCAAACUGUGGUCACAAGGAUCACGCGGAUAUUCUUGGGGACUUGGGGGAUGCCUAGCGAAAUGCGCUGUGCCUACGCCUCGAACUCUCGCCUGCUCUCCGGUGGGCGGCCUCGAACUCCAGCCUGCUCUCCGGCAGCCCACAGCAAUGCGCCUGCGAAGACCUUAGGCUUCAAAACUCAGUGCGGCCCACAGCUCGCCUCCAAGUGCGCCCCGCACCGGGCAGGCUUUCGGCGAUGACUCGCGUCCCACCCAUCCAGCCCUGGCCGCGGUCCCAACUCCCGCAGUUCACAGAGGCGGCGGCGGUGGGGAGCGCAGCCGAUGCCACAUCCCCAGCGGCAAGCUGAGGGAACCUGCCUCCUCUCCGGGGCAACCAAACGAUACAUCGGUGCCGGAACCGACCUGACGCCGGAGCCCGGCGACGUCCUUACCGUCGCUCUCCAGUUUGGGGCGGGUCGGGGGAAUGGCUGAGGAGAUGGAGUCGUCGCUCGAGGCAAGCUUUUCGUCCAGCGGGGCGGUGUCAGGAGCCUCCGGGUUUUUGCCUCCUGCCCGCUCCCGCAUCUUCAAGAUAAUCGUGAUCGGCGACUCCAAUGUGGGCAAGACGUGCCUGACCUACCGCUUCUGCGCUGGCCGCUUCCCUGACCGCACCGAGGCCACGAUAGGGGUGGAUUUCCGAGAACGAGCGGUGGAGAUUGAUGGGGAGCGGAUCAAGAUCCAGCUAUGGGACACAGCAGGACAAGAACGAUUCAGAAAGAGCAUGGUUCAGCACUACUACAGAAAUGUACAUGCUGUUGUCUUCGUGUAUGAUAUGACCAACAUGGCUAGUUUUCAUAGCCUACCAUCUUGGAUAGAAGAAUGCAAGCAACAUUUGCUAGCCAAUGAUAUACCACGGAUUCUUGUUGGAAAUAAAUGUGAUUUGAGAAGUGCCAUUCAGGUACCCACAGACUUGGCACAAAAAUUUGCUGACACACACAGUAUGCCUUUGUUUGAAACGUCUGCUAAAAACCCCAAUGAUAAUGACCACGUGGAAGCUAUAUUUAUGACCUUGGCUCAUAAGCUUAAGAGCCACAAACCAUUAAUGCUUAGUCAACCCCCUGAUAAUGAAAUUAUCCUGAAGCCUGAACCAAAGCCUGCAACGACGUGCUGGUGCUAAAUAACAGUCUUUAUUAUAUUAUCUAAUUUUGGCUAAAGAAAUACUUUUCAAGUAUGACAGUAAUAAGUCAUAAGAUUUAAUCUCAACUGUAAUGGGUCAUCUUGACACUGUGCUGUUUGUCAUUGUCACGCUUUUGUAUUUUGUAUCUACUUAAGUUUGUCACUGUGACAACACAGGAAAAGUUGGUUUUCAGGUGAGAUUGAAAAUGAAGCAAAGAUAGGAUGAAUCUGAACAUCUCUCCAUCUAGAGCCCAAUGAAGGAAGCUUCAAAUGAGAACAUGAUGGAAUGUAAAGAAUCAGUAACCGUUCCAUGUUGUGUUCCUAGGAUUGGAAUAAAAUAUUAAAGGUUUAGCACACACCUAAUAGUAUGUCCUUUAAAUGGGAAGUGUUCUUAAUAGAGUAAAAACUGGUAUUUGCCUCUCCCCAGAGUACUUUUUUUGUUUUUUGGUAGAGACAGGGUCUUGCUAUGUUUCCCAGGCUGGCCCUGAGCUCCUGGGCUCAAGCAAUCCUCCCACCUCAACCUCCCCAGUAACUGGGACUGUAGGUACUCACCACUGCAUCUGGCCUUUCUUUGUUUUACUAACAUAUUUAGUUUUGUUAUUAUUGGUAGUUUUAGAGCUAACACUUCAGUUCCAGUGGGAUAAGAAGGCACAGAAUGUUUCCUGGUUCCCAAUCCAUAAAGAAUGACUUUUCCAAGAGUUCUAGAUGUUUGAUUUUCUAAUUAAUAUUUAUCAGAUCUACAAAAAUCAUUGUUAUUUUUAAAAGAGUUAUUUGAGUUACUUUCUUU